CACUCCGCCCCAUCCUUUCCCAAACCGCCAAACGCGUCGUCUCUUCUAGCUCUCCUCGCCUCGGCAGCCACCGCGCGCAGGCGGAUGGACGCCGGCCGAUUCACACACACCCAGCCGCCCGGCCCGGGUGGGGAUCGACGCCUAUUGUCCAGUCAGCACCGCCCGGGCCCCAUCUGCCGCCACGCUAGCUGCUUCCGCACGCCACCACCUCCCCUAAGCUCGGGCGGAGCAGCUCGUCGUUCAGCUCGCUUUCCGGCCCGCCGCUACGUCCUCUAUAAGUAGAAGCAGAAGCAAGCUGGUGGGUGGUGCAACGUGCGCGCACGAGGCGAUUCAGUAUUGGCGCGGUCUGCUCUGGUCUGGUCUGUUGGGCGGCGGAGGGCGACGAUCGAAGAAGAGCCAGAGCGACAAGAGGACGGAGCCUGUCGCCGCCGCCGCCGCAGCAGCCAGCAGCAUGCAGCGUGGGGAUCCGCUUGUGGUGGGGCGGGUGAUCGGCGACGUGGUGGACCCCUUCGUGCGCCGGGUGCCGCUGCGCGUGGCCUACACGGCGCGGGAGGUCUCCAACAGCUGCGAGCUCCGCCCCUCCGCCAUCGUCGAGCAGCCGCGCGUCGAGGUCGGCGGCCCCGACAUGCGCACCUUCUACACCCUGGUGAUGGUGGAUCCGGACGCGCCAAGCCCCAGCGAUCCCAACCUCAGGGAGUACUUGCACUGGCUGGUCACUGAUAUCCCGGCGACGACAGGAGUUUCUUUUGGGACUGAGAUCGUGUGCUACGAGAGCCCACGGCCGGUGCUCGGAAUCCACCGCCUGGUGUUUCUGCUCUUCCAGCAGCUCGGCCGGCAGACGGUCUACGCCCCAGGGUGGCGACAGAACUUCAGCACCCGCGACUUCGCCGAGCUCUACAACCUCGGCCUGCCGGCCGCCGCCGUCUACUUCAACUGCCAAAGGGAGUCCGGAACUGGUGGCAGGAGAAUGUGAACUCCUACUCGAUCGUCCCGGGUGAAAUAAGAUUGAUGAUUGAUUGAUUGGGUAUAUUAUAUACAAAAAACUGAGACAACCUUUACAUCUGGGAGGAGUAUAUAUAUUUGAUAGUUCUGGCAGAUUAUUGGCCAUGGUUAUAAUAAGACUAUAAAGCAAGCAAAAAUGACUAGCCUGAUGAGUCAA